AGUUUCUUGAAGAGCUGACACAUUCACGCUGCUUUUUCUCUCUUCUUCAGUCCUCUCUAUAGUGCUUUAAUGGCCACUCAAAUUAACUCUAGUCAAAUUUAGAUCUUUUGAGAGGAAACAAAAAGGAAAGAAGGGUUGUCUUUUAACCACUUCUACUUUUCUUUCCAUUGCUUUGAAUAUACUGAUAGAGAUGCGAGUUUCUCACAUGCUAAGCUCCUUCAUCACCAUUCUUGUACUACACUGUCUUCUUCUUUCAACAUUUGUUUCUUGCUCAUCCCAUGGGGAGAUUACUGGAUCCACCAAUCACAAAAACAUGAAAGGAAAUGCACAUAAGCAGCUUAGUUCUCAAAUGAUAUCUUAUGUGGCUGUUCAUGGCCUUCUGCUAUGGGGUUCCAUGGGAUUCUUAUUGCCUGUAGGCAUACUUACUGUUAGAAUGGCCAACAAAGAAGAAGCUGGGAGAAGGGUUAAAGUUUUGUUCUAUCUCCAUGCCAUAUUGCAGAUACUUGCAGUGCUUCUUGCAACAGUUGGAGCUGUCAUGUCCAUUAAAAACUUCGAGAAUUCAUUCAGUAACCAUCACCAAAGAUUAGGUUUAGCCCUUUAUGCUGCCAUUUGGAUGCAAACCUUCAUUGGGUUUUUCAGGCCCCCAAGAGGAACUAAAAGAAGAAACACAUGGUACUUAACACACUGGAUUAUUGGAACAGUAACAUCAAUGAUGGGGAUUAUUAACAUCUACACUGGUUUAAAAGCUUACCAUAAGAAAACAUCAAGAAAUACUGGUAUUUGGACUAUACUUUUCACUGCUGAAAUCAUUUUCAUUGCGUUUUUUUACCUCUUCCAAGACAAAUGGGAAUAUAUACAAAAACAAGGGCUGAUAUUAGGCAAUGAUAAUAAUAAUCCCCAGCAGCAGCCAGCUCCAGCUUCAGAUCAAGACCAAGAGAUCAAUGUAAGCACCCAAAGGGACAACCAAAAGGCAUGUACUGCCAAGCGUAAUGCACUUAGGAAUUUGUUUGACUAACUUUGGAUUCUUUUAUUUUUAUUUUUAUUGAUUUGUUUACUUGUUUGAUAUAAUUUCAUGAUUUUUAUUAAGUGGUGAAAAAGGUUUCAUACUCUACUUUUUGAUGCUUUUCAUGCUGAUAUAGAUAGAAAUAUCAUAAAACUCCUUCAAGUAUGCUAAUUUUGAUGGAGUAUUGAAAAGUGGAGUAUGAUCCAUAACUUAUCUCUUCCUUUUUUGGAUAAAAAUUUGGGUUUUAGGUAAUUGUUUUGAAGGAUAUAUUAUUGAGAUACUGGCAUGUAAAGAUUGUGAUUAUGUUUGAAGAGAUGUAAUCAAAGCUUGUAAACUUGUUUUAUAGUUUAUAUUGAAAAGUUGUUUUAGGAGACAAGAUAA